CUGAGGCCUCACCAGAUGCAGAUGCUGGUGCCACGCUUCCUGUACAGCCUGCAGAGCCAUGGCUGCACAAAACUUUCUUCUUCAUAAAUCACCCAGCCUUGGGUGUUCCUUUCUAGCAACACACACAGACUAAGCCGGAUGACAUGAAGUGGCUGUUCCCGCCUCCUGGCACCUCCCUGACUCACACGCUUGGUGCGUGGAGGGGUCAUGAGCGGGCACAGGCAGCCACUUCGCUGCUUGCAUCAUCAGCCCCGUAGUUCCCCACAGCUGUCGAGAUGCUCUGAUGUCCGUUCUCACCUGGCGCUCCGAGUAGCCCGGCUGCAACCAGAGCUCAGCAAACCGAGACCGGAGGGCACAUCCACCCCGCCUGCCCAUGUCAACAGAGUUGUGUGGGAGCCAGCCGGCACCCAGGAAGACCCCAGGCCUUCCUGCCCCCGACCACAGCCCUGUCCCCAGAAGCAUAUUCUGCAGACACUCGCUCCGCCACAGAUUUUCUGCACAACCCCUCCUUGUGGGGGAAGCUUUGGUACCCGAAUGAGGCCUCUUUUGACCCCCUACUCCUAUCAUUAUUUUUGGUGACCUCAAUAUUUAUGAAGGGAAUAAUUUGGUCUUUAAUUCAGAUGAUUUUCACCU